GUUUGGCAACAGCAGACGACAUAGAAAUCGACAAAUGCUUGCGUUCCGACCUCAAAAUAAUAAGCAAAGGCAAAAGUCUUGUCAAUUUUUUUUUAAGGUUAUCGAAUCAUAAAUAAACGUGAAGAAUGGCGGAUCCUUUGAGUUUACUACGUCAGUUCAAUGUCAACAAAAAGGAAAUUAUUGAGCGUGAGGGUCAAAUCAUUUUUGGUGAAUUUUCUUGGCCGAAAACCGUCAAGACAAACUACCUCAUAUACGGUUCUGGAAAGGAUGGUGCUCCUAGAGAUUAUUAUACCUUGGAAUGUUUACUGUUUCUCCUGAAAAAUGUACAACUCCAGCAUCCAGUGUAUGUACGUCAAGCAGCUGCUGACAGCAUUCCAGUUGUACGUCGUCCAGAUCGUAAAGACCUGCUGGCAUAUCUCAAUGGAGAAACUGCUGCUUCAGCUUCCAUUGACAAGGCAGCUCCCAUUGAAAUCCCAAUUCAAGUUCGCAGAAUUGCAGGAACUGCACAAGCUGGAGGAUCAGGUUUAGGAUCAGGAAGUGGAAUUGGUGGUGAUGAUAAUGAAGUACCUGCAAGUAAGAAACCACGUUUGGAAGACCAACAGAUGCAGAGAGUUAAAGAAGUGCUGGCUGCUCGUCUCGAAGCUCCCCGCCAAGACAGUCUGAUCAAUGUGAACAAAAUCCAGUCUUUAUCAGAGGCCAUGUCGAUUGAAACAAUUGCUUCACUCAAAGCCAAACGUAUUGCCAACAAACGAAAAACUAUCAAGGGUGACACUGAAGAUAUGGGCUUAGGGCUUGGAACUUCUCUCGGUUUGGCAGGAAGUUCCUCGUCUGAACUGAGAGGGAUGCUAGAUUACGAUUUUGAUGUCACGAAGGAUAUCUUAAAUCGCGAGAGGCAAUGGAGAAAUCGGACUUCAGUCCUUCAAAGCUCUGGAAAGGUGUUUUCGAAAAAUAUCUUUGCUAUCCUGCAAGGUCUUAAAGCUCGAGAGGAUGGUAAGCUAAGAGGUCACAGCUCAAUUCCACCAGGAGCUGGACGAGCAGUCGUUCCACCAGGCGGUGCCCCUCCUGGAAUGGGGCCUCCUGUUCAACAGCAAGGCCCAGUUUACAGUCGUUACGACCAAGAAAGAUUCAGAGGAAAAGAAGAAACGGAGGGUUUCAAAAUUGAUACCACUGGUACGUAUCACGGCAUGACGCUAAAGUCGGUGACAGAAGGUACUCAACCUCGCAAGGCUGCGGCACCGACUGCUGUUGCUCCUACAGCUGUUGCUCAACCACGUCCCUCAACCGGCCCGACCAAGCGAGUAUCUCGAACGCCAAUCAUUAUUAUUCCAUCCGCCAACUCCUCUCUAAUCACCAUGUUCAACGCAAAGGACGUGUUGCAAGAUCUUAAGUUUCUUAGCACAGAAGAAAAAAGGCAGCAGGGUUGUCGAAGAGACAACGAGAUCCUUUUACAAAGACGCAAAGAAGGAAAUCUAACGGUGCCCUAUCGAGUGAUAGACAGUCCCCAGAAGCUAGCCCCCGCGGAUUGGGAUCGAGUCGUAGCCGUCUUUGUUAUGGGCCCUGCUUGGCAAUUUAAAGGUUGGCCAUGGACUGGAAACCCUGUAGAAAUCUUCGUUCAAGUCUCCGCCUUUCAUAUUAAAUGGGACGACAUACCUUUGGAUCAGAAUGUAGCAAAAUGGGCUGUAAAUGUGAUUUCUUUGUCCCGAACUAAACGACAUCUUGAUCGCGCUGCCCUAAUGACGUUCUGGGAGAAACUCGACAGGCACAUGUUAAAAAACAAACAACAUCUUCGAUUUUGAGCAUCACUUUCAACGAGUUAUGGGGCUGGAACUAAAUGGCAGACCUCGAGGACACUUUUAAAGAAUAUAUUCCUAGUGGUAAAGUGGAUCUCACCAGCCUUCAGCUGAGUUGGAAAUUGCUUACAGGAUCACCAGAAUUUCAUUGGCAACACUGAGAAGACGGAGACAAUUUUUCAUAACUAUGUAGUUGAUUGCCAAACAAAAAUAUCAGUCAUUUUUUAUGCACAA